AUGGAAGGCUGUCCUCCUGGCCAUAGCUGCGGGCAGCCAGGUCGAUUGACCUCUUGGGAUGCCAUCUAUUUCAUCAAGGCUGCCGAGAGGGGCUACUUGUUUGAGCAGGAGUGGGCUUUCGGCCCCGCCCUCCCCACCUGCAUCUCCCUUCUCAACCAAGCCUUGACCUCGCUUGGCCUCCUCGGUUCCUCCCCGCUCACGGGCACUGCUCAUCUGCUGCCCCUGAUCGGCGUCGUAUUCACAAACACUUGUCACCUCCUGUCCGUCCUGGUCCUCUAUCACCUCGGCCUGCUGGUUUGGGCCGACUCCGCCUGGGCUCUUGUGGCAGCUCUGCUCCACGUGCUGUCUCCUGCUGGGCUCUUCCUGCUUGCUCCCUAUAACGAGAGUCCCUUCGCCCUCUUGUCCUUUGUUGGCUGGUUCCUUCUGGUCCGGAGCUGCACCGUAUCGGCCCCGGAGGCUGGAGCAGGAUCGAAAGCUUUCCCCUCCUCGUCCUCCUCCUCCCUCGCAGGUGAUGUCCUGACCCUGCUUGCCGCCGUCAGCUUUGGCCUGGCCACGGUGUUUCGCACAAACGGCCUGCUCAACGGCGCCCCGUUCGCUGUUGAGUUCCUCCGCACCCUAUACGAUCUCGUUGAGGACCUCAGCCCCGGAACCACCCCCCGCCACAUCAGGAAACUGGCCGUACUCGGCCUCUCCGGCGUGCUUGUCGCUGCUGGCUCUGUCAUGCCCCAGUUUGUAGCUUACAGGAUAUAUUGCACUGGGUCGGCUGGGGCUGGAGCGGGAGCCGAAGCACGGCCUUGGUGUCUCAGCCUCGUGCCCAGCAUCUACAACUUUGUCCAGCGCCACUACUGGAACAAUGGACUCUUCCGGUACUGGACCGUGUCCAACGCCCCUCUGUUCGCGCUUGCGGCACCUAUGCUAUUCGUCAUGGGCAAGAGCGGCAAGGACAUCUUCUUCCAGGCGUCAAGGCUGGCCUCCUCUCACCACUACCAGAAGAAACAGACAGGCGGGCCGAGCGUUGAUACCGCCCGAUUGGAGCUCGUCGUGAGGUCCAUGGCCGCCGCGCAGGUUCUGCUCGUCAUUAUGGUCUUCACGUCCUCCCAUGUCCAGAUCAUCACUCGAAUCUCGUCCGGAUACCCAGCAUGGUACUGGUGGGUGGCUGCUUGCCUGAGGGCACCCAAGACGAGGCAGCUUGGCAUUGGGAUUGUGGUAUUUAUGGUCAUGUAUUCUUGUGUACAAGGCGUUCUAUUCGCCUCUUUUCUUCCACCUGCCUGA